ACCACUAUGCUUUCCCUACUAAACACUCAACUCUGUUUUAACUACUAAAACAGACUAUACCAUAAUUUUAUUUUUUUUUAGUUGAAGAUGGAAUCUACAGACAAAGUAGUGGAAACAGUGAUAGUUGGAAAUUAUGUUGAGAUGGAGAGUGAAGGAAAGCCUAAUAAUAAUAAUGACAUCAAAUCCAAAUUCUCUAAUUUAUUUUGGCAUGGUGGCUCUGCUUAUGAUGCUUGGUUUAGCUGUGCUUCUAAUCAGGUUGCUCAAGUGUUAUUAACACUACCAUACUCAUUUUCUCAACUUGGAAUGCUCUCUGGCGUUUCAUUUCAACUCUUCUACGGUUUACUAGGCAGUUGGACUGCUUAUCUCAUUAGCAUUCUCUACAUUGAGUACAGAACCAGAAAAGAAAGAGAAAAGGUCGAUUUUCGGAACCACGUCAUUCAGUGGUUUGAAGUUCUUGAUGGAUUACUUGGAAAACAUUGGAGGAACGUUGGUUUGGCAUUUAAUUGUACUUUUCUUCUGUUUGGAUCUGUAAUUCAACUUAUAGCCUGUGCAAGUAAUAUAUAUUAUAUAAAUAAUAAUUUGGACAAAAGAACUUGGACUUAUAUAUUCGGAGCUUGUUGUGCAACAACUGUAUUCAUUCCAUCUUUUCACAACUACCGAAUCUGGUCUUUUCUUGGCUUAUUAAUGACCACUUACACUGCUUGGUAUCUUACUGUCGCAUCACUCCUUCAUGGCCAGGUAGAGGGGGUGAAACAUUCAGGUCCAACAAAAAUGGUUCUAUAUUUCACAGGAGCAACAAACAUUCUCUACACAUUUGGGGGACAUGCUGUUACUGUAGAAAUAAUGCAUGCUAUGUGGAAACCCCAAAAGUUUAAGGCAAUUUACUUAUGGGCAACUCUUUAUGUGUUAACACUGACCCUUCCAUCAGCAGCAUCAGUGUAUUGGGCAUUUGGUGAUUUGUUACUUGAUCACUCUAAUGCAUUUUCUCUACUUCCUAAAUCACCCUUCAGAGACAUGGCUGUCAUCCUCAUGCUUAUUCAUCAGUUUAUAACAUUUGGUUUCGCUUGCACACCAUUGUAUUUUGUAUGGGAGAAGGCUAUUGGCAUGCACGAAUGCAAGAGCAUGUGUAAGAGGGCGGCAGCACGGUUGCCGGUGGUGAUUCCGAUAUGGUUUCUGGCCAUAGUUUUCCCAUUUUUCGGCCCUAUAAACUCCUCCGUUGGUUCACUCCUCGUUAGUUUCACCGUUUACAUUAUCCCGGCUCUUGCUUACAUGUUCACCUUUAAAUCCGCUGCAGCCCGAGAGAAUGCGGUAGAGCAACCACCAAAAUUUGUGGGACGUUGGGCUGGAUCGUUUACAAUAAACAUAUUUGUGGUGGUUUGGGUACUUAUUGUUGGGUUUGGAUUUGGUGGUUGGGCCAGUAUGACCAAUUUCAUACAUCAAAUUGAUACAUUUGGUCUUUUCACUAAAUGUUACCAAUGCCCACCUCCACCGGGGUCCCCGCCACCAUUCCUCCCUCAUGUUGGUGCUCCACACCCAUCUCCUGCCAACAUCACUCACCAUCACCACCUAUGAGGUCGUCACGAAAAUUAAAAAAGGUUUAUUUAAUGCAUGACAGUAUGAGUUGGUACGAUAGAUGAAGAUGAAGACGAAGAUGUAUGGGUUGUUAUGUGUAAAUUUGCGGAGUCAUGACUACAUCCCAUGUCUUGAGUUUUGUUUUGAGAUUUAGCUUUAUUUGGUUAAUUAAUGUAGUAUGCAACAUAUUUCUAGUGAAGAUUUCCAACUUUUUGUUCUUAUAUUUUGAUAUAUGAUGCUUAGCUCUUUACUAGUGUAUGAUGUGACCGUGUGACAUUCCUUAAUCUAUAAGGUUUUGGUGGAGUGUAUGAAAUUCAAUCUCCUUAGCUAAUA